CAACGGAGUCAAGAUGUCAGGAAGACAUUCUUCGAAUAGUUACAAAAGGCUUAAGUUUUUCACUGAGAAGACAGAUUUUGAGGCGCCAUUUCAUUUUAUGUGUGAUCUGCCACCUGUUCCGAUAGAGCCGAAGCUUAUUAAUUUCACAGCACCUAUAGAGAACUCCAUAAAGUAUAACCCGACUUGUCUGGAAAUGAACUCUAUGUGAGAUUUGACUGGAGGAAUAGACAUAGAUUUGAUUAACCCCCAAAUAUACUCUAAGAUCCUCCCAAAAGAAGAACUUAAAGACUUUAAAGAGAUUGAGGUGAAAGAUCCUCCCAAUAUAAAGAACUCUCAAAGAGACCCCACCAUGGAUAUUAUUGGCAAGCUUAAUUUGAAGAAUGAUGAGGAGAAAUCCAGGUUCAGGAACCUCAAUCAUAACGAAGUGUCAAUGUACCUCAGAAACACCACUUAUCUCACUGCUGGUGGAGACAAGACAGUAAAGAGGAUAAAUGAGGAUCCAAUUGCAACAGUGACCAAUUAUAAGAAUAUCGAGGAGCUUGAUGGACAGAAGCUCAAUACUCUUGAAAUCAUAUCUGGAGAUCCCUCAAACUAUGGAAAGAAAGACACUAUUGGUAAGCUCAUAGACCGCUCCUUUGAUAAGAUCAAAGAAAUCAAAGUUGGAAUGAGGAAAGGAAACACAGAAGUCUAUGCAAAAUCAGUCAAGAGUGUGUAUCCAAGAUUUGAGGUCUUGAAAAAGGCAGCUUAUCUUAGCCAUUUCUAUGAUAACCCUCUUAAAAAUGUGAAGAGACCUGAGCAAGCUGACAAGCUAAACUUUAACAAUGAGACUAUCCUUGUCAAAGACCCUGAAGAAGAAGCAUACAAAUUAUUCGCUACUCAAGACGAAAGCAGAGGUGUUCUAGGCAAACGAAAAAGAGAAGAUACAAAUGAAGGGACCUUCCUUAAAAGAAAAGUUGCCAAAUAUGAAAAAGUAGGCUACUAUAGGAGCAAUAUCACUGAUGAAUCCCUCCAUGAGGGUGCUUACUUGUUCUAUGAAAUCGGUAAUGACCAACUCAGCUAUCUUCCUGUGAACAAACGUUUGAAUCUUGUUAAAAAGAAGCAGGUUUUCCAAAAGAAUCCAGGUUUCAGUCUUGAUAUUGAAGACGAUCCUGCAGAGUUAGAAUGGAAAGAUAGAUUCUAUAGUAUCGCUGAAAGAGAGUAUACUCAGAAAGAGCUUAAAAAGAAAAACAAUAACAUUAACAAGCAAGAUGCUCCUUACGCCCUGCGUUCAGACUUAACAACACAAGAGCAGCUAGCUGACCAAGGUAUUAUUGAAGCAUACGAAGAAGGAGAUUUGGAUGAUAAAGAUAAUGAAGAAGAUAUGAGACUUGUCCUACUUGAUAAUGCAGAUGAUGAGCCACAAAAUGAAGACAAUAAUGAUGACGAAGACCUAUUUGGAGACGAAGUUGAUGAACCAACUCAAGCACAGCCUCACGAAGAAAAUCAAAUCAAUGAUGAAGAGGAUGAAGAUGAUGAUGAUAUUUUCUAA